AUGGCGUCAAACAAGAAUUCAUACCCGAUCUCCUCGAAUUCCCGCAGUAAAUUGAAUGCUUUUCGCUAUCAAGACGACGUGGUCCCGGACACGACAACUUCGAAAGACGGGAGCAAAGAGGCCCAUCGUAACAAGGAGAACCAAAGCUCAUGGUUGAAUGGCGUGGUGAAACCAAUGCAGCCGUCGAACGAUACAACAGAGCAGUCUGUGGCACAACAUCCCGCGGUGGACGCUCCUGCGAAAGAGUCAAAACCAGUUAAAGAUUGCCCGCAGACCCCCGGAAACCGAAUACCUCUAGCGGAUCUAAUCAGCAAUGCGGAAGACUCGUUCAACCCUGCGCCAGGCCCGGAAGUGACUCCUGUCGACCAUGUCAUUUGGCAGCAUAUACCAGCCAGCUCGAAUCCGGAUUCAUCUUCCCAAACACCGGCGGGUCGGAGGAAGCGGCGCCAUAGCUCUUCACCUCCAGGGUCCCCCUCGAAAAACAGUUCAACAAAAGCCCCGAAGGAGCCUCUUGAUCUACAAUCAAUCCAAGCGCUCUUCAAGACUCCCCAACAUGAUCUGGCUACGGAGUUGUGGAAUAAUUAUAUGGACAAAAACAUGGUCGAGAACUCGGAGGAUCUUCCAGCACCUCGCCUUGCUAAUCUCCUAUCCUCCUCACCUCAAACACCGGGGUCGGGGCGAACAAGUCGAGAUUCCUCAGGUUUGAGACGAUCGAUCAGUUGUGCUGCUGAAUGGCCAACAUCUCGUUCAAAGAGAAGACGAGUUGCCCGACAAGAUUCCAACUCAGGCCGAGGAAUCUUCUCACGCGCAAACAGCAAUAUCUUGGAUUCGGGCAACGGGAAAUCAUCUAGGAUCAACUUCCUUCUCGACAAAAUUGAGAGAAGUCUUAAACCGGCGCCAACCGAGACGGGCCCGUCGAAUUCGUCCCCGUUGCGACAACGUCACGACGCAGAAAGAUGCCGUUCAUCUUCUCCAAGUGUGGAUAGAAAGGCUCACGGAGAUAACUAUGCAGGGUCAAGAAAUUUUGCCGAGCCUGAAAACACCUCUGCCGUUAAACUAGUGCCUAUUCUCGAAGGGGCUUCAUCGGAUUUUGGAGAUGAUGACCUCGAUCAAGACUUGAUGGACUUGGCCGACGCCUCGGAGGAUCCAUUUGUUGUGCCUCCGGCCAGUCGAAUCAGUGCCAAUGAAUUUGGUUCUUUUGGAUCUAGCUGGUCAAAGUUGGCCGCAGAGAAGCCAUUCUCAAGCAAUCUGAAGCAACCGUCGACUCAAGGACAAGAUCCACAAAUUGUGAGUAACAUCAUGAAUAACGAAAAAAAACGGGAUGAUUCGGAUGACUUUGAUGACGAUGAUGAUUACGGAGAUUUCGAAGAUAUUCUCGCAGAAUGUGAUAUGAACUCGGGAAGCAUCGAUCCAGUCAAAUCGGCUAUGGUGGAACCGCAGGCUGUGAGAGUCCUGCGACCAUCCUCUAUUGCUGCAAUACCCCAAGGUCCAGCCAAGGCAGACACUGCGGCAAUUGUUGUCGAGAAUGCGUUUUCAGAUGAUGAAUUCGACGAUGAUUUUGAUCUGGAUGCUAUUGAACAAACCAUGAAGCAGACAGGUACAGAUGGAGCCUACAAUCUCAAAGAUCGCCAAGCUAUCAAGCGUUAUUCAAUCGUGGAAGUCGCUGAAAGUACGUAUAUCAAUUCAAAGGGGCAUACACAGCCUGAGCAGGUCCUCUCGGUUGAGGAUGAAAAGACUCGAGCCCGCAAAGUUAUUGUACUGCGUGAGACUUGGUUUGAUACCCCCUGCAACAAAGAUUCAACCCUUCAUUUGGUUGGAGACUUCGACUCAUCUGGCCUAUGUAUUGUGGACAAUACAAACCAUAUGGUCAUCCUUCACCCCGAUCAUCUUAUCUCUGCUACAGUUGUGGCAGACUCAAUCGACUGCCAGCGACGCGCUAUCAUUCAAGAUCGCAUCAAAGCAUUUUCUCAACUUGAAGCACCCCAAGUCUUCGGAACUAUCUUCCACGAAGUCUUCCAAGAGGCCUUGAAAGUCAAUCAGUGGGACAUGAAAUCUCUCAGAUCCUUGGUCGACGCCGUUCUUCAAAGACAUUUAGAAGACCUGUACGCAAUUCAAAUGAGUGUACCAGAAGCCACUGAAAAUGUGAUGAGCAAGAUUCCCACGGUGCAAGCAUGGGCCGAUAUCUUCCUUCAUGCCAAACCGCAGGCCAACUCUAUGGUUGAGGAUCGUCACAAUGCAAAACUCAAUUUGAGCAUACGCAAAUUGCUCGAGGUAGAAGAGCACAUCUGGUCCCCAAUGUAUGGACUCAAAGGAAAUAUCGACGCUACGGUGCAAGUUGUAUGUCAUGGUGAAGAUGGCAAGAAGAAUCUUGUCGUUCCGCUUGAACUCAAAACUGGGAAACGAGACACAAACCAAGGCCAUAGGGCUCAAACAGCUCUCUAUACCCUUCUUCUCUCGGAUCGCUACGAUGUUGAUGUGUCCUUUGGUCUGCUGUAUUAUCUUGAGCUCAACAAGACCCUGUGUAUUCGAGGUAUCCGUCACGAACUACUUCAGAUGGUCCAAGUUCGCAACCGCCUGGCUGUCUACAUUCGUGAGAAAUUGCAGCUUCCCCCGAUGCUCAAGAGAGCCCGCAUGUGCAAUAGAUGCUAUGCGAAAACCCCUUGCCUCAUAUACCAUAAGCUAUUAGAGGGAGGUGAUGGUGAAACAAGUGGCAUGGGUGAAGAUUUUGACGCAGUUACAGACCACUUGACCCAAAAAGAUCGCGAGUUCUUUAACAAAUGGGAUGAGCUGCUAACCAAGGAGGAAGGAAACCUGGCUAAGUUUCGACGAGAGCUGUGGACCUUGCUAAGCAGUGAGCGCGAGUCCCUCGGUCGUUGUUUUGGAGACGUUGUUAUUGAUCCUCGUUCGGCAUUUGAGGAUAAAAACGGGUCCAGGAUCAAUCGCUAUCGUUAUACUUUAACCAAAAAGCAACCCUCUCCGGGGUUUACCUUUGCAGAGUCACAGGUCACUGUUGGCGAGCCAAUUGUUGUUUCUGACGAGAAAGGACACUUCGCCCUUGCCAACGGGUACGUUCUUCAAAUUAGCAGGCUACACAUCACUGUGGGUGUGGAUCGAAGCCUGCUCAACACCCGCGCACGAACCGCCGGCUUCCACCCCGUCACAAAUCAGACCUUCACAGGCAUCAUGGAAGUUGAGAAGGAUGGAGACGAAGUCCUCGAAAACCCUCUUGAUGAGCAGGUGAUUUACAGAAUAGAUAAAGACGAGUUCAGCAAUGGCAUGGCCAAUAUUCGCAACAAUCUUGUCUGCAUGAUGGACAAAGACCUCGCUCAAGCAAAGCAUCUAAGGCGGCUCAUCAUUGAAGGUGAUCCUCCUGUGUUCAAGCCCACAUCGUCGGCAUAUACCAUAUCAGACCCAGACAGCCUCAAUGUUGAUCAGAAACAAGCCAUUGAGAAGGUGAUGAGUGCCAAAGACUACGCCUUGAUUCUUGGAAUGCCGGGAACCGGCAAAACAACCACCAUUGCGCACCUCAUUCGGGCACUCGUCGCACAAGGCAAGAGUGUUUUACUGACAUCUUACACUCAUACUGCGGUGGACAACAUCUUGCUCAAGAUUCGCGAUGACAACUUGCGUGUCCUUCGUCUCGGUGCAGCUACCAAGGUUCAUCCAGAGGUGCAGGAAUUUGCGGACCUAGCAGCCUUCCCCAAAUCGACCAUCGAGGAGCUCAAAGACUCUUACGAAAAUUCGCAGAUUGUAGCAUCAACAUGCCUAGGCGUCAAUCAUCAGCUUUUCAACCAGCGCAUUUUUGACUAUUGUAUUGUCGACGAGGCCUCGCAAAUUACGCUUCCUGUAUGCAUUGGUCCUAUCCGCAUGGCGAGGUGCUUUGUGCUUGUCGGUGACCACUACCAGCUUCCGCCGUUGGUCCAAAGCAAGGCUGCAGCGGAAGGCGGGCUUGAUGUCAGUCUCUUCAAACUGUUGUCUGAUUCGCAGCCCAAUUCAGUCGUCAACCUGGAGCAUCAAUACCGCAUGUGCGAGGAGAUUAUGCUACUCUCGAACACACUCAUUUACUCUGGUCGCCUCAAGUGUGGCACGCCAGAAGUGGCGGCUCGCUCAUUGGAAAUCCCGAACAUCUCCGCGCUCAAACAGUUUCACUCCGAUAAAUCUCAUUCUUCCCAGCAAGAAGUCUGCGGGGGUCCAAACCCUGACCGCUGUUGGUUGAAUGACUUGUUAGCGCCAUCAGCAAAAGCACUCCUGGUCAACACCGAUCCCCUUGGCCCUGUAGCUCUUGAGACUCUGCAAGGACAGCGAAUAGUCAACUCCAUGGAAGUUAUUCUAUGCACCCAGCUUGUCGAGGCAUUGAUUGCAUGUGGCAUACCAGCCCGAAAAAUCGGCGUUAUAACCUUCUACCGCAGCCAGCUCGCUCUCCUUCGCCAUAGUCUUCGUCGCCACACCCCCGAGCUCGAAAUGCACACCACCGAUAAGUUCCAGGGUCGUGAUAAGGAGAUUGUUAUUCUCAGCUGCGUCCGCAGUAACUCGGAAAACCACGUCGGUGAGCUAAUGCGUGACUGGCGCCGCGUAAACGUUGCCUUCACUCGUGCUCGUACCAAGCUCCUUGUCAUUGGCAGCAGAUCUACUAUGCGCGAUGGUAACGAACUUCUUCGAAAGUAUGUUCGUCUCGUCGAAAGCAAGAACUGGGUCUACAACCUGCCGCCAAACGCUGCCGAAAGUCACAUUUUCAAGUCUGAUACAUUGAACUCCUCACAAAUGCCUUUCGCGUCUCCCAAUACGGGCAAGACCGCUUCAGCAAAAAAGCAAAGUCCUACUGUUAAAAACGAAUCCCAGUCUCGUGAACCACUCAGCCCUCUUGGCUCGAGACAUCCCGCUUCUGGUCUUCGAGUACCUGCAAAGAGAGGAGCGAAGCUGCUGAAUGGCAACGCAGUCCUGGGCAAGAGACCUAUUCUUCAGGACAUUGUGAAUGAUGUUACUGGCUGA